AGAUACCGUUUGUGCGACACACAUUUUAAAAAUAGAUUUUAAUUGUAGCUUCUACGAUUAACAACCGCUUUAAAUAACACGUACUAAACAAUAAGUGCGAGUCGUAAUUUUUAGCGAUUUUUUUUCAAUGUUGGCUGACAUGAAGUAACUGGUCAUUACUGAUAUUUACAAGAAAAAAAUUUUAAUGAUGUUAAAACAAUUCGGAUUUCUUGGACAAACGUCAAUUUUUAAAGUUUUUUCACUUGUGAAAAAAAAUAUUGUGAUUACUGCAAUCGGAUACUAAGUGGCCAUAUUAUUACGUUAAAAUUCUACAGUGGCGUGCCUUCAAAGUCCUACUUGUAGGUUCUGGGUGAAUGUGAGGAAUUCGUUAUAUUUAUCUGGAUUAAAAAAAAUAGACUUGCAUCUUUUGGAAAGGUCAUUAUUUCAAGUAAUGUUCUUCAUGUGCCAUUUCCUGGUGGUAUACGCCGAAGUCGUUUGCAAAAGGUCUCUCAAUUAUGUUUGCACAGAUUUUAAGUGUUCAGUAUGAUUCAUAUCAUCCAGACUAUUCACUCACUCUGGUUAAUUCUCUAAGAAGUUAUAUAAAUUUAAAACUGGAUCAUGAAAAGAAAACGCCCGAAUUUAUCACGGACCUACAGCGAAGAUUGUAUUUUAUUCAUGAAUACAAUUGUCAAGUGGCUAAGGUCACUCAAGAGUACCCACAGUCAAGACAGUUUGAAUUGCUUCUGAUUAAAUAUGUUGAGUUAGAGUAUGAUGCAUUGUAUAGUAGGAAUCCGUACCCAUCACAAGAGGUUGAAAUAGCUGCAGAGUUACGAAUUUUGCGACUAUUACAAGUGAUGUUGUAUUCAGCCGUCCACAAUAAUGAGCCCUUAGUCAACAAACACACAGAUAGAGCUGUAAAGAAAGCCGUAUUACAACUUUUAGGUGAAGUAAAACCAACGUAUUUAGUUAAAAAUAAGCUCAUUUGCAAUAUUGCGAAUAAAUUGCUGAGAAGAAUUCAUGGAAAUAGCAAGAAGUUCCAUUAUCAACAAUCAGCAGUUAGGGAAAUCCACAAAAACCUCGCAACUAGUGACUAUGGAAGUGAAGAUAGUGAUUCAGAUUUUGAAAGCAAUAUUUUUUCUACAAAGUGGUUUACUGAUGUUACAUUAACUAAUGCAAGUGAAACAUCUACAACGUCAGAUUGUGUAGAAGUUCCCUUAACAACAGAUGGUCUUGCCCCUGUACCAACAAUUGAAUUUACAGAUGAUGAUGAUAACUAUUUUGUCUAUUUACAAAAACGAAUACCUACAAAGAGAAAAAUUCAAGAUGACUGUAAAACUAGUCAUAGAAAAAAGAAUGUUAGUGAAAUCGCAAGCAAUAAUAUUAAUAAAAAUGCCUUAGCACACUUGCAAAAUUUAAAUUCUAAAGAAAACACCAAGUCAAAUAAAAAUUGCAAAAAUGAAUUAAAUAAAGCUUCUGAGAAACCCAGAGAUCAUGACAGUGCGUGCGUUAUUGUGUGUUCUGACUCAGAAGAUGAAGUUUGUGAAGUGACCUUAAAUGCUGAAACUUCCAAGAAAGCAAGCAAUAACGCAAAUAAUGAUAAAAAGGUCGGCAUUGUAACUUUUGAAAUCCUUGAUGAUGACGACGACGACGAUCAAACAAAUUAUAUGGUGUAUUUACAAAAAGAAGUGGAAACAAAGAGGAAAUCAAAUCACUCAAAAGAAGCUACAGGAGAAAUUAUCAUUUGCUCAGAUACUGAAGAUGAAUCAUCUGCAGAAAACGCAAAAUGUGGUGCAAUAAAGUGUUCAAAGGACAGUCCUAGUAGUGAUAUAAGUCUUCAGGAAUCUUCCAAGAAUAAGAUAGUGCCUUUGACACAACCUGAACCUAAAUGCAUUUUGGAACAAUCUGAGAGUAGUCUUCCCCAGAACUCUUCUACAAGUUCUUAUGAUCACUUGCAAGCGUUUCCUAAAGAAAACUUAAAUAAAGUAACCAGUGUCGAUUUUAAAACUAACUGUCCAAAGAAAAGUGUAAGCAAUGGAAAAAUUAUACCGGAUACACUGCAAGCAUCCACUUCUAAAAGCGUAAACACCAACAGUGUUAUUUUAAAUGAUGAUCAUGGAAGUCUCAAUAAAAAGUUAAAUACAAAUUUUUUAGUGGACCCUGCCACCAUAUUUGAACAAAUCAAUGAAACACAACUGCAAAAGAAUGACAUAUAUUUUCAAAAUAGCUCUGCUGCAAACCAGUUGCGUGAAAUUUCAGUACCUCUGUCCACAGAAGCUGAAUCAGAGGCAAAUGUUCCAGGUGGGCCACUUAUGAGCGAAAAGGUUGAAACUUUUGAAGAUUUAGGCAACGCUUCAGAAUGUCGCAUCAAUGAAAGUUUGUUGGAAGAAAUUUUACUCGACGAUACGUAUUUAUUAGAAGGUCGGAAAGAAUUUGAAGAACUUGAAUAUUUUCUUUUUAAUGAUAACACAGAUAGGCAAGGAUUCUCUUUAUCAAAUUUUUCUUUUGAUGAUAGUGAAAUGGUUCCACAACCAGAAACAUUUGAUGCUGAUAUUAAAAGUUUGGAAUCAUUUUUGGACGAUUCCCAGUUAAUCAGUGUGCCAGACCCUAAAGCAGGCAGUUCUUUGGACAGUUCUCAUGAUGAUAAUGGUUCUAUAAAACAAGUAAAUGGUAAAAAAGUGUGCAAUACGUUAUAUAAGGAAAACUGUGAAUGCAAAGCAAAAAAAUCUAGGUGUAGCCAUAAAAAUUAUUUGAAAACAGUGUUGAAGCAUACCAAGGAAAUUAAUCGGUGACAAACACUUUCAUAUACAAGUAGAAGACGUAAGGUUAAGCAAUUAUUGAUUUUGGCAAGUGAUAUAACAUGGAUGUUACAUACUGAGUGUGUGAUGCAACUAAAACAAAAUUGUUGAAAUCGAGCUGCGAUAUUUUUUUUAUCAUGAUCUUUAGGAAUAUUUAUAUUCAAAAGACGUAAUAUUUUUAUAACAUUUUAUUUCUAGUUAUUUAUACACAAUUUUACUUGUGCAGCUUUAUAAUUUUUGUAUUAUAUGUAUCUUCGACAAAAUAAAAAGAUGAAUUUAGA